GAACACUUUUCACCUCAGCCUCACAUUACUCUCUCACAAGUCACAAAGAUACACAGAGACAGAGAAGAGAGAAGUGAAGAGAAGAGAAGAGAAGAGAAGAGGAUGGGAUCUAUAUCGGCAGCUCCUGGAACAACUGUAUUGUUCUCAAAUCUCCGUCGCCACAGUAUUUACAAUCGUCGCCAUGAGAAUCUAUCCGUCGUUUCGUCUUCUUCACAACCGUCUCUGAUACCACGGCAGAGAUGGCUCUAUGUCCCUAAGACGAGGUUGAGAAGAGAGAUUCUAAAGCUCGAUUUCAUCGCAAGAGCUGCUGAUUCCACUAGCUCUUCUCCUUCUGUAGCUUCCGGUGAUGGAACCUUAAUCCCCGAUGAUGAAUUCACUCUAGCCAAGAUUUCGUUUGGUGUUAUUGGGCUAGGUCUCGGGGUUUCGCUACUCUCGUAUGGUUUUGGGGCUUAUUUUAAUAUCCUUCCUGGAUCUGAGUGGUCUGCUAUUAUGCUUACAUAUGGAUUCCCCCUUGCUAUUAUUGGAAUGGCUCUCAAGUACGCAGAACUCAAACCAGUUCCUUGCUUGAGCUACUCGGAUGCAGUGAAGCUUAGGGAAAGCUGCGCUACUCCUAUUUUAACACAGGUUAGAAAUGAUGUCACGAGAUACCGUUAUGGAGAUGAACAACAUUUGGAAGAAGCAUUAAAACGGAUCUUUCAGUAUGGACUGGGUGGAGGAAUCCCAAGACGUAGUGCACCUAUCUUACAGAUGAUUAGGGAGGAGGUCCUGACUGAUGGUCGUUACUGCUUGGUCCUUGUAUUUGAGGCCAAAGCUCUGAAUUUGUCAGAUUUUGAAAAAAGACAGGCGAAAUUCACUUCCUUCUUUGGACCAGACAUCACUGCAGAAGUUGGUAAAGGAGAAAGUGAAAAUCUCUAUGAAGUUAGACUGAUUUCCAACGUCUCCACCAACUCUGUAUCUUCUUCCUCUUAGAUAUGUACAAUCACAUAAACAGUUACGUUUCUGUCAUUUUCCGCUUGUAUAUCAGUUCAAUAUAAUCAUUUCUGUAUACAGUACUUUAAAAGUGUUGAGGCUGGAGGUGACUAUAGUAUGUAUAUAGAUUGCCAUCGUUGUAUUCUUGUAUUCUUUAAUUCAGUCAUGUCGAGGUCUA